AUGGACUCCAUGAGGACCCUGAACACUUCUCUGCCUCGUUCCCCGCGAAGAAAAAGGGCCAACCAACCACCUGAACAGCUUAUCCAAUCCUUCAAGAGUGCCGCUCUCUCCGUCACAAAUCUCUACAAAACAGCCGCCGCCGAUCAGACUCGAUCCCGAGAUGCUGGAUACCAAGAUGCACUCGAUGACCUCCUGACCUUCCUCGAUCAACAGCAUCUCGGCUUAGGUGAUGGAGAAGGGUGGAAGGUUCGGCAGUGGGCUACGGAGCGCUUGGAUGGUAGUCCACCGGCACAUAUGGGCAGUGAUAGUGAUGAUGAUCGAGGCGAGACAACAAAAAGAGCUAGGAGUAGCUCACCAACCGCCCAACGCUCGACUGUACCAGAGGGUGAGCAGGCAAGACAGCCCUCACGAUCAACAUCGCCUGUGCGAGCAGCUUCUGUUCCCAUGGCUCCUCCAGCAACUUCUCAGCCACAGAACAAUUUAUUUCACGCCCCCGAGGUCUUCUCUUUUAGAUCCGCUCAUCCAUACCCUUACGACGUCGACAUGCAGGCCGCCGACACGACCAGCAACACCAUCCCUCAGCCAGACCCUUUACCGAGUCCUGCAGUGAGAGUUGACGUGGUGUCUCGAGGAUCCCGAACACCACACCGAGGUGGCAAUCAUCAAAACCGGCAUGGUGCUAGAUCUACUGCUGGCGCAAAGUCACUAGGUUCAGUGGCGGGGUCAAAGAGGAGGAUUACGUUUGGGGAUUACUUCGAUCUGGGCAGUCUUGGGGACGGUAAAGAUGGACGUGAUGGAGGCGGGAAGCGAGGCCGCUUUACCUGA